CUUUGACCUCACGUAGCUCACACACGGCGAGUCGGAGGGGAGUUUGUCUUUGUCUGUGGUGUAAAAUAAAGAACGAAAACCAUGUCGGGAAACAACAGGAAGUUUUUCGUGGGCGGGAACUGGAAGAUGAACGGCAGUAAAAACUCCAUCGACGAGAUCUGCGGCUGGCUGACGGCAGGGGACAGGGGAGACACCGAGGUUGUUGUUGGCCCUCCCACCAUCUACCUGGGCUACGUGCAGGGAAAGUUGGCAGGAAGCGGUGUUCAAGCAGCAGCACAGAACUGUUACAAGGUGCCCAAGGGAGCUUUCACGGGGGAGAACAGCCCUGCUAUGAUCAAGGACAUUGGCUGUGAGUGGGUCAUCUUGGGUCACUCAGAGAGGAGGAAUGUGUUUGGGGAGACUGAUGAGCUGAUUGCUGAGAAGAUUGAGCAUGCCCUUGCGGAGGGGUUGAAGGUCAUCGCCUGUAUUGGAGAGAAGCUGGAGGAACGUGAGGCGGGGAAGACAGAAGAAGUCGUCUUCAGGCAGACCCAGGCUUUCAAAGACAAGGUGCAAGACUGGAGCAAGGUGGUUCUGGCUUAUGAACCUGUCUGGGCUAUCGGAACAGGCAAGGUGGCAACCCCAAAACAGGCCCAGGAGGUCCAUGCCAGUCUGCGUACCUGGCUAUCUGAGAACGUGUCUCCUGCAGUAGCUAACUCACUCCGCAUCAUCUAUGGAGGUUCGGUGUCAGCCAAUAACUGCAAAGACCUGGCCACCCAGGGUGACAUUGAUGGCUUCCUUGUGGGCGGAGCCUCCCUGAAGCCGGACUUUGUUCAAAUUAUCAAUGCACGCAAAUAAAGCUUGAGGAUAGCAAGAAGUUGUUGCAGAACAGAAACUGUAUCCUUGACUAUAACAAAGAGAAAAAGCAAGUCGAAUAGUGCACUCUAAAACUAGUGUAGGGCAUAGGUGGUGCUUAGCUACUGUCUGUGGUAUUGUGGUCUCUUCACAGUACAAAAACAUGCUUGAAACAGAG